CAGCUCUCAGGCAUGUGUAUCCGUGCAUGUGUUUGUGUAUAAUCCGUUCCUGCGCCGGCAUCCACCCUUCACCCUCGGAUUCUCCUUUCAUCUGCCUGCCGACCAGUCGACCUCUCCGAUCUCGCCACCUUCGUCUUGCCCCCCAAUUCCAUGAGCUCCAUCGCCGACAGCACCCCGCCGGCCAAGCGGCCGAAGCAGAGCCGAACAACCCGUGCAUGCGACGUCUGUCGUCUCAAGCGCAACAAAUGCAGCGGCGAUCAGCCCUGCACGUCCUGUCGAGAAAGCGGAUUUACCUGCACUUAUGAGAAGCCUCAGCUCAAACGAGGACCGCAGCCUCGCAACCAACUGCCAGUCAGCGUGUUUCCACAACCUGGCAGAGGCAACCCUCCUCUGUUGGCAAGCAGCUUCCAGCCUGCUCCUGCAGCCGCCUCGAGCACAUAUGGCGAUCCCGAGACUGGGAUGUGGGGCGGCGACCUUUGCGCAAUCCUAGACUCGACCAUUGGAACAACCACCUAUCUCGGGGCAACGUCGCUCGGCGGCGGCAGGUGUCUUGAGCACUGUCCGCGCAACCCCAAGGGGCUGAUCGAGUUCGCAGUCGCUUCCCCGGUCUCGGCUCUGCUGCUCAUCCCGCGGACAAAGUCGAUUCCCUUCUGUGAGGAACUCACCCAGGCACUGAUCCGGAGCUUCUUUGCGACGAACCGCUCAAUCACAUCCAUGUUUCACCUUCCAUACUUUGAACAAGAAUACAAUGCCGAGAUGCACACGGAGCCCUUCAGCUUGCUCGUUUGGACCAUUUGCGCAUUCGUGUCCCUCCAGAAUGGCUCGCUGGCAAACAUUGGAUUCCGCGACGUGGCAUCGACUCAACGCACCAUGUUCAACCACUGCAUACCGCUCCUAAAGAGGCUGCAACAGUUCCCAAACAUCCAUACGCUUCGUUCCCUGAUUAUCUGGAGUCUGAUCUGUCUCGAUAGCACCGAGCUUAUCCGUCACAGCACGGGCUCGUACCUUGCCCUGGCCUGCUCGAUGGCUAUUGAACUUGCCCUCCAUCUGGAUAUCGAUGAUAUGCGCAAUCCUCCACUCGACGAUGCCACCAAGAAGAUCUACCACGGCACUUUUUUCAGCCUGUACACCGCCGAUCGUCUCUCAGCAUUCAUUUCGGGGCGGCCUGCGUUUAUCCGAGACGACAUGUGGGACGCAUCUCUACUUUCAUACCAAUGGCCCGAUGAAGACUACAGUUUCAUGCUCAUGUUUGUCGAUCUCGGGCGGAUCGGCAGCGAUAUCAUCGAUAUCUUGAAUGGUCCCAAGUUCUUCAACACCGAGGAAAGACGCACGGCGAUCGGGCGCCGUGCCGACGCAGAGCUUGAUCGCUUUUGGGCCAAUCUGCCAGCCUACUACCGUGCUGUGCCAGAGGAAGCCUGGACCGGCCGUCACUGGCUCCACCUCCGAUACUACUGCCUCAAGAUCCUCACAAAGCGCAUGAUUUCGGCAAGGCAUACCCCCGAGUCAAUCAACUGCGCCCGCUCUAUUGUCAAGUGCUUCAGGUCGUUCCCUCGACCGCGCCGAGGCGAAUAUGUCUUUCAACGUUCCCUGUGCUCCCAUCUGGCUAUGGUGGCCGCCACUGUUCUUUUGGACGUGAUUACUGCCAUGUCUUCGAGCGGAGGCGGGGGCACAGAAGAAAAGGUGCUCAUCAUCAGUGAACUGAACGAAACUCUUGUAUUGCUGGAGGACCUUGGCGUGGCCUCGUCGGUGCGGCUGCGGCAAAUCAUCGACAAGUGCAUCAACUGGCAAACAGUCCAGCGCCGAAGCCUCGAAGUCACCGAGCAGCGCCGUCUGAUUGAACCCUCGCCAACAGCAGAGACUGCAGCUGCUGGUCAGCUCGAACUUAUGUGCCAUGUGCCGUUGGCCUUCCACGACAGUCCAGCUAUCGGCGCUACAGCUGCAUCGAUACCAUACAACAGCUACUCGCUAGCGUCAGCUGCGAAUGCCCAACAGCCAAACACGAGCCGACUCCAGUUUGAGGCCGGAUCGUUAGUGGAGGCCGGGCUGGCUCCUCAACCCGCGUGUCCCAUUCCGAGCUCCUCUGGUUUCGGCACCAUUAGCGACACGCAGCCAAGCACCAGCGCCAGCGCCAGCACACUCCCGAGCCAAGUCGCUUACUCUCUUGCGUCAAGACCAAUGCCACCCGAGCGUCUGGUACGCAGUGUUCCAGAGCCGCCAGAGCUGCCAUCUGCGACAAUCAAUGGAUGCCAUCGCUUCAACUCCAACCAGAUCGUGCCACCGAAUCCCUACCCUAGCGUUUCUGUUGAGCGACGGCAGUCUCUAUCCGCUGCAGUAAACCCACUGGAUGCAAUCUCGUACGACCUCGUGUCCGCCAAGGGCAUCGCCAACCCGGGGCUCACAAACGCUGGAUACGUUGUCCUUGGCUCGAGCGACUACUCUGCUGUUCAGCAAGUCCAGGACAAGCCCGGUCCGCAGCAGCCCCAGCCACUCGCGCUUUACCCAACGUUAUCUCCAAUACCACUGGGCCAGGCUGCCGUCGCCACAGCAUCGUACAUACCGGCAAUCUAUCAAGACACCAUGCUCCGGCAUCCGCUGCCCGUCGGUAUUGGCGUACUACCGCCUCCCGCCAUGGUUGCUGCAAAUGCGACAGACAAGAGCCAACAGCGAUAUCCAACACCGCCGCAGCGGCAUCAGUCGACCCAGCCGGCCCAGUCGCAAACACAGCAGCCGUCACAGUCCCAACUCCAACAGCAAGCACCGCCAUUGCUACAACCAUUGCCGCAGUUGCAUAUGCCUCCGCCACCGCCACAGCCGCUGCUGCAUCCUCCAUCGCAGCAGCAGCAGAGAUUUGUGAUUGCCUCCCCUCCGUGGUGACAGUGCUGAUGGCAACUGCGUGGAGUUGGUGCUAUUCGAUCCCCUCUCGUCGGCAGCGCCUCUGUUGCCGAAACUUGGAAUAGAGUAGUGAAUGUCUGUGUCUCGUCAGCGAUCGUCAGCGAUCGGUAGCGCACCGGUAGCGCAUCAUCAUUGUCCCAGCGGCGUGCCAAUAGCGCAUCAGCAGUGCAUCAGCAGUGCAUUGGCUGGCUUCUGGGCAAUGGGCCGGGUGCGCCGGUCGGACGCCCUUGUCGUGGAAUAUAGCCGAAUUGGCCCCGCUCAGAGC